AUGGGGGAGGACGGCCUGUUCUCAGAUGAAGACGGAGACGACACGGACUGUUUGGAUGCCGUUGAGGCCCAGGCUUCGGACUCCGAGCUCUCGCAGCUUGGAGAGCUGCGCAACGGCGCGUCCUGCGCCAAGUACCAGGCUGUGCACGAGACUGUCUUUGAAGAUUUGUAUCUCCCGAAGGAGAUCUAUGCUGAGGUCACGCGUUCCUGGAACAGCUUCGCCCCGCUGAAAGAUCACGCCGGCGAGGCGAUCUUUAGCGCCAUUUUCGAGGCCUCCGGGGCCUUGGUGCACAGCCUCUUUAAGACCCCGCGACAGGUCAUGGCGUUCCGUUUCAUGGCGGGCAUCUCUCGCCUGGUCAGCGUGGCCAAUAGACCUGCCGCCCUGCGAAUGCAGGUUGAGAACUUGAGCUUCAACCACCUUGACCGCGAGGUCACGGUGGAGUUGGUCGGGAUCUUUCGCGAGGCGAUCCUGGAAGUCAUGGAGCUGGAGCUCGUAGGUUUCUCCUCCCAGGCGCGGUGGGGCAUGCGGGCCCUUCUCAACUACGCGGGUGGCGCGAUGAUUUUCAUGCGCCGGGAGUACGCGGGACGCGUACAGCUGAUUCAGAAGAGCUGGAAGAUUGCAAAUUGCGUGAAGACGGAGGAGGAAGAGGAAGAAGCAGACGAAGAUGAAGAGGGUCACGAGCUGAGAGAAGAGGGGAGCAAUCACAUCGACCUCAAGACCCUGCCCAAAACCCUGCCCAAGGCCAAGUCGGAGGACACAACAACCUGCUCUUCGCCUGCUGGUUCCAAGGGCUUGGGAUCAGCGAACUCGCCUCAAGUGAAGAGUAACCAGGAGAAGGCCAAGCCUUCGCUGACGCAAGGCCGGGAGGUGAAGGUGCCGGAGACCUUCGAGGAGAUGUUCCGCUUCUCCGCGGCGGUCAUGGGCUUUGGGAAGUCCCUGUGGAUGGCCCACGUCUUGGAGCAGUUUGACAACAUCGUCCUGAACGCGGCGAACUCGGCGCGACUGCGGGAGGAAUGCGACGUGCUGUCGCUGAUUCUGGCGCAGGAGACGGGCGGCAUCGUGUUCUCGGAGUUCAAGUCGGUGAUGUUGGCAUCGCUCAGGUCCUUGGUCCCCAAAGACUGGGACUCGGAGCAUGAGAACGCUUGGACUUGGCUGUGGGAGAACGUGGAGCAGAUCCUGCAAGCCUCGGUCGGCAAGCCGCGGUCGUAUAAUCUAGCGCUGACCCGCUUCCUCCGAAACCUGACGGACCAGGACGAUGUCCAGAAGCUCCGGAAGGGCAUCUUCUCGCGCUUCUUCCAGCAAGCCCCUGCCGGCCAGGACUACUUCAAGCAGUCCAACACCCGGCUCUACUUCAUCGCCGACAAGGUGGUGGACUGUGCGGUGCAGAUCUUCCAAACCCCACGGAAGGUGGUCGAGGACAACAUCUCCGCGCUGGGCUUGCGGCACGUGGCGCACGAGGUUCCCAUCGAGUUGAUGGCGCCCUUCGUCUCCGCAGCUGUGGACGCGAUGGCGGAUCUCGCCGAUGGCAAGAAUCAGUCGGCGGAGGAGGGCUUCCGCUGGUCGCUGACUUUGGUGGCCAAGAUCCUCUCGCGCACGAUCUCGGAGGGCUCCACCAUCGUCAUGAAGGCCAUCAACGGCAACCAGGCGGCGGCCUUGCAGAAGGCCAUCGCGGCCUCCAGCCGCGCCAUGCGGGCCAUGGAGCUGCUGGAGAUCCGCGUGGGCACGGAGUCCAUCUCGCCUCUCUACUGGGCCAUCGAGAGCGGAUCCCUUGUCUCAGCGGAGGCCAUGCUGAAGGAUCUGCUUACGAUCCGUGCCGAUCGGUCCAAGUACUACUAUGGCUGCGAAGAGAUGUUCCAUCGGCACCCGGACCUGAUCAAGAAGCUAAGCCAAGAGGCCCCAGGUCUACUGCCAGUCCUCUUUGACGGCCUCAUGUGGCGUCAGCGCACCGCCCGCGGCGGGAUCCGCAGGGUGAACUACUACAUCCGGCACCUGAUUCAGACGGAAGAGGGCAAGGUGAAUCCCUGCUUGAAGUGGCUGGCGCUGUACAAUGAUCCCAAGCUCAUCGUCCACCCAGCGAUGGUCUUUGUGUCGGACAUCAUGUGGCAUCAGCUGGUGCUCUUCCACUUUGUCUUGGGGAGGGCCUACUUCCUCUUCACCUUGCUGGUCUUCGCGGCGAGUCAGGCGGUCUUGGCCAACCACGGGGGAUAUGAACUCUGGCGCAAAAGUGCGGUCUUCGGGUGCAGGACCUUCAUCUACCUGGGCAGCAUGUGCUACAUGCUGAUACGCCAGCUCAAAUUCUUGCACCAGGACAUCAAGCAGCGGCGCUUCCGCAAGUGCUUCGGUACCAUUGCAUUCCCCGAAUACCUGACCGACGUGCGGCAGUUCGGGUAUUUGCUUCUAACGCUGACGCUGCUGCUGAUGUGCUGGCACGAGCCCCUGUGGUGGUGUCUCCCCCACAUGUACGGGGACUUCGAAAACGCGGGCCUGUUCACCACCUACUGCCCGGAGGGCAGGGAGCAUGAGGGCCUCUACUCCGUGCUCGCGGCACUGGCAAUGAUGCUCUACUGUGUGCUGCUGACUGACUUCUGCAUCGUGAACAUGCGGAUCUCCGCCUUCUUCCUGUCCUGCAGACACGUGUUCGCGGAGUUCGGCCUCUUUCUGCUGGCGACCGGCUUUCUGGUCAUCGCCUUCGGGCUGAGUCUUACCAUUCUCACGCACCAGGCGGAGACCUACGUGAGUUUGCCGGAGGCGAUCAGUUCCUUGCUUUCCAAGUCCCUGGGGAUCUAUCCCAGCGACGAGCUCUCGAAGUUUGACGAUAAUUUGCCGGUCAUGGUUCUCAUCUCCCUCUUCAUGUUCAUGGCCUCGAUUUUCCUUUUCAACUUCCUUGUGGCGCAGUUAUCACAGGCCUACCACAUGGCCCAUGAAGACAUGCCAGGCUACGCCCGCCUGAACCGGAUCUGGACCAUUGUGGAAGUGGUGGCAAGAGUUCCAGAGCAGGCCUGGCGUCGGUUUCUUGAGAGCCUACAUUUUGAAGAGCCCUUGGAGUUCAACGAGGGAGACGUGGGUAUCUCCGGCGGGAUCCAGGUCUUGGAGCACGCGAGUUUGCACCCCACCACUGUGGACACGGUGCAUCGCCACGGGGGCUCCACGUCUCCCACCAGCCCCUGGCCGGAGGAGGAGAAGGAGGAGGACCGCCUCGAACGCUUGGAGCGGCUGCUGCUGAGGGUCAGCAAGGGCAAGAAGAGCAAAGGCCAGGUGGCCGGUCCGUCGGAGGCCGGCAGUGUUGACUCUUCUGGCCUCUAG